GGCGCCCUCUGUUGAGCAAGGAAAACAAAAUGGCAGCUCCCGUAAGAUAAGAGCGCGUAUUCAAAUCAUCGUCUGAACGUAACAAAAUUGAGGGCUUCAAUGAUGACUUUAUCAACGCAGCAAAGUGAAGAGGAUUCGCAGUAUAUUCUUGUGGCGAAGGCAGACAAUGCAAGGAAUGUGUCAAACGUCCUAAAGGCGGUUCAUUUUAAGGAUAAAGAGCUAGCAACAGUCUUUGCCAGUGAAAAUGGACUCAAAGUGACUGUGGAGGAUUCCAAAAGCGUUCAGGCAAAUGCUUUCAUUCAAGCUGGAAUCUUCCAGGAAUACGUCAUCCAAGAGCAGUCUGCUACAUUCAUGGUCAACCUCACAAUCUUACUGGAAUGUUUGACCAUAUUUGGAACAGGAACACCUGGAGUGACUCCUGCAUUGAAGAUGUGUUACGGUGGCUAUGGCACGCCAUUACUUCUCUUAUUGGAAGAGAAUGGAGUGGUGACUGAUUGUAGCAUCAAAACCUUGGAACCUGAGGAAACGCUAGACUUCAACUUCAGCGGCGCAAAUGUCAUCAAUAAGAUCAUCAUGAAGUCGGAGUGUUUGAAGGACGCUUUCCAGGAAUUAGACAUGACUAGUGAGGUCUUAGAGAUUCUGAUGUCACCUGACAAACCUUACUUCAGACUCUCGACAUUUGGUAACGCGGGCAGUGCCCAUUCAGAUUUCCCCAAAGACUCUGACCUUGUGGAAUCCUUCCAAUGUACACAGACACAAUCAAACAGGUACAAGUUAGUCCUGCUCAAACCAACAAUUAAAGCCCUCAUGUCAUCAACCAAGGUCUCCAUCAGAACAGAUAAUCGUGGUUUCCUGUCUCUGCAAUACAUGAUCCGUAACGAGGAUGGCCAGAUAUGUUUUGUAGAAUAUUAUUGUGCCCCUGAUGAAGAACAAGAGGAGGACUAUGACUGAGACUUUGAUAUCUUCCUCAUUGCCUUCAUCUUGGUCAAAAUGGCUUAGUAAUU